AUGCACGCCUCAACCGUCCUCGCCGCUGUCCUCCCCGCCGCCGCCGUCAUGGGCGCCACCCACGUCGUCAAGGUCGGCGAUGGAGGCCUCAAGUUCACGCCCGAUAACAUCGAGGCCGCCGUCGGCGACUCGGUCGAGUUCCAGUUCUACCCCAAGGCGCACUCCGUCGCCCAGGCCGCCUUCGACACCCCCUGCAUGCCCCUGACCAACGGCACCACGGCCGGCUUCUUCAGCGGACCCGUCCCCGUCACCUCGGGCGUCGGCUCCAUGGCCUGGACCCUCGAGAUCAAGGACAAGAACCCCAAGUGGUUCUACUGCGCCACCGGCGACCACUGCCAGAGCGGCAUGGUCGGUGUCAUUAACGCUCCUGCCGGCGGCAAGAAGACCGUAGAGAUGUUCGCCAAGACCGCUGCCGAGGCCAAGGCAAACGUUGCUCCCAGCUCCACCAGCGGUGGCACCAUGGGCCCCGCCUCCGCCGCCAGCUCCGACUCCCCCAAGUCGAGCGAUGGCUCCAAGUCCGGCGACGGCUCCAGCAUGUCCAUGCCCAGCGGCUCCAGCAUGCCCAUGCCCAGCGGCUCUAGCAUGCCCAGCGCCGGCAUCGAGGCCCGCGGCGACGUGCGAUGGGGCCUGCUCAGCCUCGGCAUGGCCGCCGCCGGCCUCGUCGGCGGGCUCCUCGUCUAA